GUGGUUGGCGGUCCGUGUCCGUUCUUCCCGUCCACUACUUUUCUAUUCUACCACAAUGGCCGACCACCAACUGAGCGAUGAACAGAUUGCAGAGUUCAAGGAAGCCUUUUCGCUCCUGGACGAAGACAGCGACGGCCUCGUUCCCACCUAUCUCCUCGGCAAACUCUUGCGGUCACUCGGCAAACUCCCUACCCAAGCGGAGCUCACACGCCUGACAAAGGACAAAAAGACGAUUGACUUUCCCGAAUUCCUCGCCCUCGUGUCUCGACAGAGCGUGCCGCAGCGCCUUGAAUCCGAUGUACGAGAUGCUUUGUUAACGUUUAACAAGGACGGAGGGUUGGAUCGAAAUGAGCUCAAGAGGAUUUUGAUGAGCGUGGGUGAGCCUCUUACUGAUGAGGAAGUGAACGAGUUUUUGAAGGACGUGAGUGGGAAUUCCGUUGAGGAUUUGGUGAAGGCGUUGGUUAGCACGUCGUGAGGGCAUUGCCAAUAUGUGAUUCAAUACAUGUAGUGUGUAUGUCCAUACAAUUGCAUUGUCACAGACUUUUUCCAUUCAAAAGUCUAUCCUUGAAGCAAGGGAAUUUUUGAUUGCCAUAACC